GGGCGCCGGCGCCGCCGGAAGCUGUCGCACAGUUCUCGGCGUCGGGACUGCGAGGUCGUGCCGCGAGGGCCCAGGAGCUGCAAUGGAGCCGGCUGAUCUGGAACCCGUCUCCGUCGACGCUACGGACUCGUUCCUGGAAAAAUUCCAGAGCCAGCCUUACCGUGGCGGCUUCCACGAGGACCAGUGGGAAGAGGAAUUUGAAAAGAUCCCCCUGUUUAUGAAGAAAGCACCAUCAGAAAUUGAUCCCAAGAAGAAUCCUGACUUGGCUUGCCUCCAGUCAAUUAUUUUUGAUGACGAGCGACCUCCAGAAGAACAGGCCAAGACCUAUAAAGACGAGGGCAAUGAUUACUUUAAAGAAAAAGAGUAUAAAAAAGCUGUUACUUCAUAUACUGAAGGCUUAAAGAAGAAAUGUACAGACUCUGAUUUGAAUGCUGUUCUCUAUACCAACCGGGCCGCAGCACAGUACUAUCUGGGCAAUUUUCGUUCGGCUCUCAAUGAUGUGAUGGCUGCCAGAAAGCUAAAACUCCGCCACCUCAAAGCAAUCGUAAGAGGUGCCUUGUGCCAUCUGGAACUGAAAAACUUUGCCGAGGCUGUGCGCUGGUGUGAUGAGGGGCUGCAGAUUGAUGCCAAAGAGAAGACACUUCUGGAAGUAAGGGCUAAAGCCGACAAACUGAAGCGAACUGAACAGAGGGAUAUGAGGAAAGCCAAGUUAAAAGAAAAGAAGGAGCAGAACGAGAAUAAGGCUUUACUCCAGGCCAUCAAGGCUAGGCACAUCAAGCUAGUCUAUGAAGCUGCCGGUGAAGAUGAAGAUUCAGCCUCAGAAGGUCUGUGUAAACUCCUGGACGGGCUCAGCUUUGAGAACCCCUAUGGAGCCAGGCUGAGUAUAGAUGACCAGGGCAGACUGAGCUGGCCUGUGCUCUUUCUGUACCCAGAGUAUGCGCAGUCGGACUUCAUCUCUGCUUUUCAUGAGGACUCCAGGUUUAUUGAUCAUCUAAUGGAGAUGUUUGAUGAAACACCCUCUUGGGACUUAGAGCAGAAAUACUGCCCUGAUAAUUUAGAGGUCUACUUUGAGGAUGAGGACAGGGAAGAACUGUACCAGGUGCCUCCCAAGUGUACCCUGCUGCAGGUGCUGCAGCACCCACGGUUCUUUGUAAAAGCCCUGACACCAGCAUUUUUGGUCUGUGUGGAAUCCUCUCCUUUUUGUAGAAAUUAUCUCCGGGUGAGAAAUAUGCAGCAGGUAAAAUGAUCGAGCCAGGCUGUGGAGCCAGCCCCCCCAGACCUCCCUGACCCUCUACCUGGGACAUAGCAUACCUGAAUCAGCUGGACAUGCUCCUAGAAUCCAACACGUUUUUCUGUCAUUCUGGGGACAGUCCUUCCUCAAAUUGUAGGCAGUGAGGAGCUGCUGACUUCUCUGAGCUGCAGCUUCUCUGGUCAAAGUGCUGAGCCUCAGCUGGUCUUCACUCUCCUCUGUUGAUAACAAAACUCUGCGCCUUGGUCAUGACAUUCUUCGACUCACUGUGAGCUGUGUUAAUGAGCCUCCAUCUCUGAAGGGACCAUCUUUUGCAGUUACCACAGCAACUGACCCAAGGAACCCACUGGACUGGCUCAGGAUCCAGUGACCUGGUCCUGAACCUUUGUGGAGUUAGAGGCUCUAGGGAAGCUACCCCUCAAACUGCACAUACACACAAACCACACAUGUAAUUUUGAGGCAUUGAAGCUGAGACUCCGGCCUCCAGUUAUUUCAUGAGCACGGAGGGUUGCUCUGGGGAUACUGUAGAUGCCUUGGGGUGUGAUGGGGCCAGGAAAGGCGGGUCCUUUUUCUGUAUCUAUAAACACCUGCAAUCUGGGAUCCUCCAGAAGCCCUAAGAGGUUUGCCAAUUUUCCUGAUCUUUGCAAUAUGGGGGACUGUGAUACACUUGAACAGUGGACUCUGCAUUCUUUCCCAGUUUUCACAUUUUAGGAUUUUUUGCCUUUUAAACUGAAAGAUCUUUUUGAUUGUUGAAUCAUUGUCACAGGUUGUACCUAGGUUUUAUAUGCCUUUACCUGUAGCCACAUGACUACUCGCAGUGCCCACCCCAUCCCCUGGGGAGGAGUGCGCGUGCCUGAAGAGCCAUGGUGUGGAAGGGUCAUGUUCUUUUCUCUCUGCCGUGAGAACACAUUUCCCAGACGGGGGCUGUUCCUUCAGCCUGGGUGCCAGACUGGUAAGACAUGUGGAACAGAGCUACAGGAGCUGCCCUUCAGCCACUGAUUGUAAUACGAGUGAGAAAUAAAUGUUUGUUGUAAAAGCACUGAUAU